UGGGCCGCGCCGCGAUGCCGGAGAAGAGGCCCUUCGAGCGGCUGCCUGCCGAUGUCUCCCCCAUCAACUACAGCCUUUGCCUCAAGCCCGACUUGCUGGACUUCACCUUCGAGGGCAAGCUGGAGGCCGCCGCCCAGGUGAGGCAGGCAACCAAUCAGAUUGUGAUGAAUUGUGCUGAUAUUGACAUUAUUACAGCUUCAUAUGCACCAGAGGGAGAUGAAGAAAUACAUGCUACAGGAUUUAAUUAUCAGAAUGAAGAUGAAAAAGUCACCUUGUCUUUUCCUAGCACUCUCCAAACAGGUACAGGAACCUUAAAGAUAGAUUUUGUUGGAGAGCUGAAUGACAAAAUGAAAGGCUUCUACAGAAGUAAAUAUACUACCCCUUCUGGAGAGGUGCGUUAUGCUGCUGUCACACAGUUUGAGGCUACGGAUGCUCGGAGGGCUUUCCCUUGCUGGGAUGAGCCUGCCAUCAAAGCAACUUUUGAUAUCUCGUUGGUUGUUCCUAAAGACAGAGUAGCUUUAUCAAAUAUGAAUGUAAUUGAUCGGAAACCGUACCCUGAUGAUGAAAAUGUAGUGGAAGUGAAGUUUGCCCGCACACCUGUCAUGUCUACAUAUCUGGUGGCAUUUGUUGUGGGUGAAUAUGACUUUGUAGAAACAAGGUCAAAAGAUGGUGUGUGUGUCCGUGUUUACACCCCUGUUGGCAAAGCAGAGCAAGGAAAAUUUGCGUUAGAGGUUGCUGCUAAAACCCUGCCUUUUUAUAAGGACUACUUCAAUGUUCCUUAUCCUCUACCUAAAAUUGAUCUCAUUGCUAUUGCAGACUUUGCAGCUGGUGCCAUGGAGAACUGGGGCCUUGUUACUUAUAGGGAGACUGCAUUGCUUAUCGAUCCAAAAAACUCCUGUUCUUCAUCACGCCAGUGGGUUGCUCUGGUUGUGGGACAUGAACUCGCCCAUCAAUGGUUUGGAAAUCUUGUUACUAUGGAAUGGUGGACUCAUCUUUGGCUAAAUGAAGGCUUUGCAUCAUGGAUUGAAUAUCUGUGUGUAGACCACUGCUUCCCAGAGUAUGAUAUCUGGACUCAGUUUGUUUCUGCUGAUUACACCCGUGCCCAGGAACUUGACGCUCUAGAUAACAGCCAUCCUAUUGAAGUCAGUGUGGGACAUCCUUCUGAAGUCGAUGAGAUAUUUGACGCUAUAUCAUAUAGCAAAGGUGCAUCUGUCAUCCGAAUGCUCCAUGACUACAUUGGGGAUAAGGACUUUAAGAAAGGAAUGAACAUGUAUUUAACCAAGUUCCAACAAAAGAAUGCUGCCACAGAGGACCUCUGGGAAAGUUUAGAAAAUGCUAGUGGUAAACCUAUCGCAGCGGUGAUGAAUACCUGGACCAAACAAAUGGGAUUUCCCCUCAUUUAUGUGGAAGCAGAACAGGUAGAAGAUGACAGAUUAUUGAGGUUGUCCCAAAGAAAGUUCUGUGCCAGUGGACCAUAUGCCGGAGAAGACUGUCCCCAGUGGAUGGUUCCUAUCACAAUCUCUACUAGUGAAGACCCCAACCAUGCCAAACUGAAAAUUCUGAUGGACAAGCCAGAGAUGAAUGUGGUUUUGAAAAAUGUCAAACCAGACCAGUGGGUAAAGUUAAACCUGGGAACAGUUGGGUUUUAUCGGACCCAGUACAGCUCAGCCAUGCUGGAAAGUUUAUUACCCGGCAUUCGUGACCUUUCUCUGCCCCCUGUGGAUCGACUUGGAUUACAAAAUGACCUCUUCUCCUUGGCUCGAGCUGGAAUCAUUAGCACUGUAGAGGUUCUAAAAGUCAUGGAGGCUUUUGUGAAUGAGCCCAAUUAUACUGUAUGGAGCGACCUGAGCUGUAACCUGGGGAUUCUCUCAACUCUCUUGUCCCACACAGACUUCUAUGAGGAAAUCCAGGAGUUUGUGAAAGAUGUCUUUUCACCCAUAGGGGAGAGACUAGGCUGGGACCCCAAACCUGGAGAAGGUCAUCUAGAUGCACUCCUGAGGGGCUUGGUUCUGGGCAAACUGGGAAAAGCAGGACAUAAGGCAACAUUAGAAGAAGCCCGCCGUCGGUUUAAGGACCAUGUGGAAGGGAAACAGAUUCUCUCCGCUGAUCUGAGGAGUCCUGUUUAUCUGACUGUUUUGAAGCAUGGUGAUGGCACUACCUUAGACAUUAUGCUAAAGCUUCACAAACAAGCAGAUAUGCAGGAAGAGAAAAACCGAAUUGAAAGGGUCCUUGGGGCUACUCUUUCACCUGAAUUGAUUCAAAAAGUCCUCACGUUUGCACUUUCAGAAGAGGUACGCCCACAGGACACUGUGUCAGUAAUUGGUGGAGUGGCAGGAGGCAGCAAGCAUGGAAGGAAGGCUGCUUGGAAGUUUAUAAAAGACAACUGGGAAGAACUUUAUAAUCGAUACCAGGGAGGAUUCUUAAUAUCCAGACUAAUAAAGCUAUCAGUUGAGGGAUUUGCAGUUGAUAAAAUGGCUGGAGAGGUUAAGGCUUUCUUCGAGAGCCACCCAGCUCCUUCAGCUGAGCGCACCAUCCAGCAGUGUUGUGAAAAUAUCCUGCUGAAUGCUGCUUGGCUAAAGCGAGAUGCUGAGAGCAUUCACCAGUACCUCCUUCAGCGAAAGGCCUCGCCACCUACGGCGUGA